UCGGUCGGUCGAUCGGUCGGUCGAACCGUCCGACAACAAAGGUAGCCCGCGCUGCCGCGGACCGCGGGUGCGCCAGUCAACAAUCGAACACGCGGCAGCGAGCACUGUCGUCCGAGUGGAGACACGCGUGUCGACAGCUGAACAAUGACAACGACAACGGCGGCGGCGGUGACGCCGACGACGGAGACGACCGUCACGUCCACGACGGUCGACGACGACGACGACGACAAGCACCGACAACGAGGAUCGAUCGCCGUCACGUGGGAUAGCUGCAAAGAGCUACUGCUUGACUUUCACUUCAACUCCGACCGGAUAUUCCACCGAAUUGGACUUAGUAUAGCUACAAGACCAUGGCUCUGGCUAAUAAUUUCCCUGUGCCUAAAUCUCAUCUGUGGUUUCGGACUGUUACUCUGGAAGGAGGAGAUUGACGAAGUUGAGCUCUAUAUGCCAAUCGAUUCUAUAUAUCGCAAGGACGCUUAUUGGGUGAAAGAGCAUUUCCGAGAUGAUCUCAGGCAUGAAAGUGUCAUCGUCACUGCUCCUAACGUGCUGGAUCCCGAAGUGCUGCGAUCGAUCAGAGAUAUCGAGAAAGAUGUAAAGAAUAUAGUAAUAAAUAAUAACACUUGGGAAGAUGUGUGUGCUGGAUAUUUUACAUGGUUCCAAGAAGAUGAUAAAUGGGAAACCAUGGAUAAAACUGAGUUUCCUGAAGAAUAUCUGCCUGUGAUAAAUAGUACGAUGGCGAAGGAACCCUGUAUCCAUAAAUCGUUCUUAAAGAUAUGGCAGAAAGAUGGUAGAAAUAUCGAUAGAUUGACAAAGACUAAGAUACUAAAGGAUGUUACUGCAACUCUGCAAAACAAGAAUACCAAGAAUAUAUUAUCUGACAUUGCGCCGUUGUUGGGCGACGUUGAAUACGAUCAGAACGGGAGAGUAAAGAGGGCGAAGGCGACGAUUCUUUACUGGUUACUGAAGAAAUCCAAUCCAAAUUCACCAGAAUGGGAAAUCGAGUUCCUCGAGAAGGUACUACAAUCAAAUCGUACCUUGCCACCAGGCAUGGAGAUCUAUGCGACGACGCUACGCAGUUAUCAGGACAUGUUGCACGAAGUGAUCAACAGUAAUAUGACUGUAUUGUUCUGUGGCAUAUCAUUAAUCACAAUUUAUGUGAUUGUGAUGAUCGGCCGAUGCAAUGUGAUGCAACAACGUAUAUAUCUAUCCCUCAUGGGUAUAUCCGUGGUUGGCCAGGCCCUCUUAUCGUCCUACGGGUUGUGCUACUACAUGGGAUUUACCUUUGGCCCAGUGCACCCGAUCCUACCAUUUUUGCUUCUUGGUAUCGGCGUUGACGACAUGUUCAUUAUUAUGCAAAGUCUUGAAACUAUAUCGGAGGUAGAAAAAUCCUUAGACAUCUCUGCUCGUAUAGCAAAAUCUCUUCAAAUCUCAGGUAUGUCCAUCACUGUGACGUCGUUCACUAAUAUGGUAGCCUUUGCCAUCGGUAUGACAACAGUGAUGCCGUUCCUGAAGUCCUUUUGUAUAUUCGCCGCAAUGGGUAUAGUAUUUCUUUACAUUUAUGAGAUCACAUUCUUUGUCAGCUGUCUGGUAUACGACGAAAAACGAUUGGCGGCGAAAAGGGAGGGUUGCUGUUGUCAGCCACUACCCAACUGGCGACCGAACGAGUGCAGCAAGCAAAACUUUCAACGUCUCAUUUUCGAAAAAUACGUCGGGCCUUGCGUGAUGAAAACAUCGAUAAAAACAAUCAUUCUAUUAGCUACUGCUGUCCUACUAAGCGUUAAUAUAUGGGCGAUAUUUCACUUGAAUCAGAACUUUGAUCCACUUGCUUAUUUAAAUCAAGAGUCUUACCCCAUACAAUUUAACAACAAAUUAAAAGAAUAUUUUCCGAAGUUUGGCAAAAAUGUAAACAUAUACCUAGCAGGAGUGGAUUAUUAUGAGGAUCGCCAUGCACUGUUCCAACUGGUGGACAAUCUCAAGCAAAAUCCCUAUGUCAAUAAUCGUACUCUGGACCCAUGGUUUACAGCAUAUCAGGAAUGGUUGAACACUACUGGCAAAGUGCAUUAUAUCGAUGAUAAAGAUGAAUACUAUAACACACUUACGGAAUUUCUCCUGUUUACGGUGAAAGGCCAAGCGUACAUUCAGAAUAUAAAAUUUGAUAAGCUGCCAUUUAACGACUACAAUAUCACAACAUCUCAGAUUCCAGUGCAACACAUUCCCAUAAGCACAUCGUCUGAUCAAAUACGCGCUAUGCAAUCUCUUAGAGAUGUCGUGAACUCGGUGAACUUUACAAAGGGAUGCGAUUAUAUCGCAAUUUAUUCGUUGGAUUAUAUAGCAUGGGCAUCGAACAAGAUUAUUGGUGAAGAAUUAAUCAGGAACUUGAGCUUGGAAAUAAUGGCAGUAGGAAUAGUAACACUGGUGCUACUUAGAAAUCUACUCGCAUCGUUCUGGGUGAUGUGUUGCGUGUUGUUCACACUCAUCGAUCUUCUAGGCUCAAUGUACUUUCUGGGAUUGACUGUCGAAAUAUCGUCAGCUAUUAUGAUUUUAUUAUGCGCCGGACUGGCAGUUGAUUAUGCUGCGCAUGUGGGACUAGAAUUUAUACGUUCGAGUGGCAACAAAAAUGAACGGGCACUAACGACGUUUAACGUUAUUGGACCGGCUGUGUUUAAUGGUGGUAUGAGCACAUUUCUCGCUUUUGUCCUGUUAAGUUUCAGUCAGGCCUACGUUUUUACAGCUUUUUUCAAGCUAUUCACGUCCGUAGUGGUAUUUGGUUUGUUUCACGGAUUACUAUUUCUGCCAGUAAUAUUGAGUCUAGCAGGACCCAGCGAGAGAAAGCAAGACAGUCCGAAAAAGAGUCAGGCUAUGCAAUAUCACAAUGGUUACUACACCGUGCGUUUAUCCCAAAAUGGGAGAGAUACAAAAGAUGUACUUGCUAAAUGACGUUUAGCAAUGGUUCAAAAGAUUACUUAGGUAAAAAUAUUUUUGUAGAUAAUUGUAGUGCUAAAAUUUGUAUGAUUGUGGAACGAAUGCACGCAUAUCAUAUUACAAUAUAUGCGUCUGUCUCAUGUUUGCUGUCUUUCCAUUCUUUUAUAUAUACAUACAUAUAUAUGAUAUAUAUUAUACACACACACACACACACACACACACACACACACACACACA